AAUAUCCUCAGUGCUGGAGUAAAGAGAGAGAAUGUACGCGUUAGUGAGGUUCCUGGAGGACGAUUCGUGCUUUGCUGUACCUGUCUCCAGUGUGAGGGAUUUCAGACCUGUACACAGAACAGAUUUUGAUGAGCAGAAGGUGUAUGUGGUGUUGAGAGGAGAGCAGAAUGGUACAGGCCAGCCGGCACCAGCAGCGCACAUCCUCGCCCUCGCAGAUAGCAUUGAGGAAUUUAACCACAGUAUUAUGCAAAAGAAGAUGAAAAUUCCCAAAAUGACUGCCCGGAAUGCAGGACAUGUCACAGAACAUUACUACAAUGACGAAAGAAUGCCACUCAGACAUAAAAAGGUGCACUGUCUGGAGCAGCAUCGAACCUCCUCAAACAAGAGCCUGGCGGCAGUGGUGGCACGGUUAGAGAGGAACGCUGUGAACUCCUAUGCCGAAGGUGAGGAGCUGCGUGAGGAGGAGGAGCAGGAGGAGGAAGCAGUUGUGCCACGCGUCCUCUAUGAGGAGCUGGUACACAGUUACAGGCAGCAGGAGGAGGAGGUGCGGCGGCUGCAACAGGAACUGGAGAGAACGCGUAGGCAGCUGCUGCAACAGGCCAAGAAGCUCAAAGAGCACAGCAGCCUGCUGACCGAGGUUAAAGAGCUGCGCGACUUCAACCGCCGCCUGCAGGACGUGCUGCUUAUGAGGCUGGGUAGUGAGCCAAUGCAUGACAAUGGCACUCAGACAAUCAAACCCGAGGUGGUGGAGCCUAUACAGGAACCUCAGGAAGUGUGCAGAGAGGAAGCCAACACAAGCUCCACCCACUCCCCUUCUCCAAGGACCGUCUAUACCUUCAGUGAUGGAAAAGUCCAUUUGGGAGGUGGGAUCUGGGUGGAGGAAGAAAAGUGGCAUCAGCUGCAGCGUACACAAGGUGACUCCAAAUUUACCAAAAACCUGGCCGUCAUGAUCUGGGGCACAGAAACACUUAAGAACCGCAGUGUGACCGGAGUCGCUACCAAAAAGAAAAAAGAUGCCCUGCCUAAACCUCCACUGUCUCCCAGCAAGCUAAAAAUCGUACGAGAGUGUCUCUAUGACCGUGUCUCUCAGGAAACGGCGGACAGUGCUGAGAUCACCCAGCGGCUAUCCAAAGUGAACAAAUACAUCUGUGAAAAAAUUAUGGAUAUAAACAAGUCUAUCAAAAACGAGGAGAGAAGAGAGUCAAAGCUCCUGAUCCGGCAGACGGUGAAAAUGGAGAACUUCUAUGAUGUGAUGGGUUUUUGGGUACACUGGAUUACACCAGCUUUACCAAGGCUGAUGAUGAAUGAUGGCCAAAGGUAACUGACAAUCCCUGUGAUGAGAUUUUCAUAUUGAGAUUUGUCAGUGGAAACAUUGCUUUGAAAAGACAUUUAUUUUAGCCACUGAGUGAACACAUGCAAUAUGGCUGAAAAACAUAACAUCCCUUCAGUUGUGAACCCUAACAGGGAAAUAUGUGACUGUGAAAUGUACAGAUAUGCUAUAUAUUGCCAUGCUGAACUGUACACAUUGUUUAAAAGCUCCAAAAUCCAACCGGUACACCUCUCUUAAAAUAAUCGUCCUCUGGUCUGCACUAGUGAAUUUUAUCUGUGCUCAUGUGUGUGUCCAUGCUUUUGAUGUGGUAUUUAAGCUUUAAGCUGCUUAGCUUCCUAAGGACCCAAAACAAUCUGGACACAAGUGUCUAUAUGGAAUCGUCCGCCCAAAUGCAUAACGCUUGGGGAUUGUUAGACCAGAUGAUGGUUUACCAUGUUGAGAUAUUUUCUUACUUAUCUGUGAAUGUGUGUUGGGUAUUGUAAUGUUUUGGUGGUGGGUUCAGUAUAAGCCAAAGUGGAAUUUUUGGUUGGUGAGUUCAGCUUGGUAUAAACUUGCACAAAAAUGGCACAUGCCAAGUUUAUUGUCCAGAGUUGUUUAAACAAAUGUUAAAUAUAUUUUGUUGAAUUUUCUUACAAUAUGAGAGUUUGUUUUACUAGAUUUUUUUUGUUUGUUUUUUUGUUCUAGUACUGUUGUGCUUUCCUUCAUAAUAGAAGAGAAUUAGGCUUUCAGGAGGGUGGAUUUUCUGUUUAAUAUACCUUAAGUAUUUCUUUAAAUUUUAUUGCCAAAAAGGGGAGUGGGGAGAAUCUAAAAAGAAAUCCAUAUAUGUGUAGAAAGUAAAAUAAUUCGGCCUGCUUUUAUAAUGCCCCACACACGUUUGUGAAAUGCUUAGAAUCUCACGUUUCACAAAGCUGCCCAGUACUCCAUCUUCUUCAAGCUAGGUCUUGUUUGAUAUGACUGUCAAUUUGCUAUCAAAUUUCAUUUUAAGGAGCUGUAAAUUCCAUUCCUUAAACCGGUAUAUUGACAAGAUGUACUUUUAUAAUGUAAUUUUAAAAUAAAGCGAACACCAAUAAUUGUAGUUAAAUAGGAAUUAACUGAGAUUAUUCUACAUUUUUCAAACAAAACAAUUAUCAUUUUAAUGUAAUGGAAAUGUUAAACACCAGCAGUAACAGGAAAAUAAUAGAAAGUUUUUAAUAAGCCCUUUUAGUUCUGUGCUUUGUUUUAGAAUUAAUACACUUACCUCAAAUAUUAACCAUUUUUACAACCAAUGUAUCAGAUUAGUUAUCACUCAGAUAGACAAGCAGUUUAUCAGUUCCAUAGUAUUCUGCAUAAGUAUAGGCACGCCUGCUAAAAGUCCAUGUUUUGUUUAUUUUCUAACUAAAACUAAUUUUAACCCAUUCUCUACAUGAAACAUGCUUGCGCGUUGUAGUGUACAUUUUUUUUCAUUUGCUAAAUUUAACAUGUGGCAAUAAUGACAAUAGUAAUAAUAAUAAGUUGUGGCAUGUGCAUAAGUGGCUCAAAUCCUCACCCUUAUGUUAAAUUUAGCAAGUGAAUAGAAAUACUGUACUGCAAUAUACACUAGAAUUCUUUCUUAGUUUUUCGUAGUUUAGUUAGUUACAAAACAUGGAAUUUGACUGUGGUGCCCAAACUGUAACAUAAUAUUGUAAACUUUAUCAAGAACAGAUAUUAAACACCAGAAACAAUAAAAAAUAGAAACAUGCUACUUAAAUAUAUAUAUAUAUAAAAAGUUUACAUCAUAAUAAACUUUAAUAUUGUCCUAUAGGAACUUGAAAAAUGGACUAUAAACAAGACAUUAAAAUAUGAUGGUAGUGAUUUAAUGGACAGUGGUAGCCUAGUGGGUAGAUCUUUGGGCUAUUAAACAGAAGGUUGAGGGUUUGAAUCCUGGCUCUGCCAUAUAGCCACUGUUGGACUUUGAGCAAUGCCCUUAACCCUCUUGGCUCCAGGGGCACCGUACAAUGGCUGACCCUUCUAACAGUGCAUUUAUCUGCCCUAGAUUAUCUAUUAUUAUUAUGAGUUAUUACUAUCAAAUCUGUUAAUUAAAUCGAAUAAAAAUUAUAAAAUGCUUAAAUAUGAGUGAUUAGGUAAUUAUGUAAUGAAGCGACAGGCCAACAUUCUCAGAAAUUAAAGAAGUAAAUCUAUCUUGGUGGUACAUUUUGUACAGUUAGUAUAUUUUUACAUAAAGUACCUAAUUGUACCUUAAAAAUGUUAUACAGGUACAUUAUACAGUACACUGUUGUACCCUUUUAUGUAUGUUACUAUGUAAAAUGUAAAAAUGUGCAAACCAAGAGUAAGAAAGAUGUAAUCUUAAUGGUAACACCCCAGUGACAAAAUACAUUUUAGCACUUUUUUUCUAUAGUCAUGAAAUGGGCCCAUAAGCAGUGCCUCAUAAUAAUCCGUGUUUAUGCAAUAAGGAUACAUGCUUUUUGCAAAAUACGUUGUGUGCCCUCAUAAAUGUGUAACCUGUUAAACUGUAGUAGUAGGGGCAUGCUUACAAAUCAAAACACCAACAGCUGUUGUCUUUCUUCUAACUACAUGUGAUUGUCAGGCUGGUUACUCAAAAGUUGUCAUCCAGCUCUGUACAGUAUUUUUGGCUGUUGUCAUGAAAGUGGUUUACAUUUAAAUUGACAUUAGCCUGAUUCCUACAGCUGUAAUGUGAAUAUGGAACCGUACUAUUGGUCGGUGACAUCUGCUGGGUGGUACAUUGGUUGGCUCCUAUUCCAGUCUAACCCCAGCCAGUUUCUAGUCUUAAACCACAUCACUGUUAUUCAGGGCUUAGCUCCAAGCAGUUCACUUUAAACUUAGCUUUACCAUAAUGGAAAAAAAGAAAGUAUUUUUGAUAAAAGUCUAUCGAAACAAUCAGGUCAGGUGAUGUGUAGGCAGUAAUGAAACACGCGCUAUCAGAAUCCUACCUCAUGGCUUAUCAUGUCAAUUUAGUUUUGUGCUUCAUUCAUAGAAAUUAACACGUGUACAGAUUUGUAGGUAAAUCAGUCUGUAUUGUAUUGUAGAUGUUUAUUGUUACUCAUAUAGCGAUGUAUCUGCUUGCUAAUGCUCUUAAAUAGGGCAUGAUUUUUUAGUCUGUCUGACUUUUUUCUUCAGUAUCAUUAGUUUUCUCUGGUUGAUGGUGCUAACAGCACAUGUCAUUUACCUCAGACGGUGCUACUUUUUUUACUGUGGUGGAUGUCAUUCCUGAAACAUGAUAAAAAAACCAGGGUUUUUUUUUUUUUUUUUUUU